AUGCAGGAAACUGAGGCGAAGAAGAGGAGGCUAGAGCGCAUAAACCAGCGAAAGCUUGGACUGCUCGCCGAAGUCAAAUUCUUGCGGAGGAAGUACAGUUCGUUUGCCAAUGAUGAUUCAGAGCAAACACAUCACAGGCUAAAGAAGAAGAAAGCUAAGCAAAUCCCAUCCCCUCUGGGGAUCAAUGAAGGGCCGUCCACUAGCAAGAACACAAAUGUGGACUUGAAUCAUGAUUCUGCAAUGAAUGCUGAGGGAGCCGGUUUCCAGGGGUACCAGGACCAUCCAGAACCUGGGAAGCAUGAUCAGGCUGGUGUAGAUGAAGAUAUGAUGACCUCCAAUAUCAAGUUAUCAGUUUAUAGGGAUACAGAAAAUUCCCCGGCCAGUGAUGAUAAGAGGGCAGCCGCAUGGCAAGACCGGGUAGCCUUGCAGGUCUAG